GGGGGGUGUGAGGGGAGGACGGGCCCUUCCGGCGCGGCGCCAUGGCGGGGCGCGCGGCGGAGCCGCCGGCGGACGUCACGCUCCGCCGCUGGGCACGAGAGCAGGCCCGGUUAAAAGCCAGCGUGGUUGCGGAGGACACCGAGGAGUGGCAGAAGGACUCCGGUUUGACGGGACUGGAGAGGGUGGGAGGUGUGGACCUGUCUUAUAUCAAAGGAGACGACACCCGUGCCUGCGCUUCCCUCGUGGUUCUCAGCUACCCGGCUCUGGAGGUAACGGUGCUGUAUGAGGACUGCCGGAUGGUGGCUGUGAGCGCCCCGUACGUGCCGGGAUUCUUGGCCUUCCGGGAGGUCCCCUUCCUGGUGGAAGCUGUUCAGAGACUUCAGCAGGAGGAGCCCAAGCUCAAACCUCAGGUACUUCUUGUAGAUGGGAAUGGCCUGCUCCAUCCCAGAGGAUUUGGUGUGGCCUGUCACCUCGGAGUCCUGACGGAUCUACCGUGCGUUGGAGUGGCCAAGAACCUCCUACAGGUGGAUGGCUUGGUCAGGGAUGAGCUGCACAGAGAGCAGGUUCAUUCCCUGCAGAGGGAAGGAGAUACGUUCCCACUGAGGGGCGCUUCGGGGGGAGUCCUGGGCAUGGGUGUGCCUGGAGACAGCCGUGCGUCUAGUCAAGUCCUGCUGCAGGUACCGGAUCCCGGAGCCCAUCCGUCAGGUACCGAAGCAGGGGAGCUGAGGAAGGGGAAGGCAGGCCUGGAGCAGGGAAGCAGGCUGAUAUUAGAUCGAGGGAGUAUAUUCGGAAGCAGCUGUGUUCACCACUGGAGGUCAUAUCUUCUGGGCCAGAGAGGUAGAAAAAAGGAGGCUGAACUGGAUGAUUAGUCUGAUGGCAGAAGAAACCGCAGGGCUCCUCUUCACUGGAUCCUCUCCUCCGCCAAGACCGUGGUUCUGCUGAGUGCAACAGCCGAGUGCCGCCCCAGGGGAGAGCAGUGCAAGGCCGUGCCAGUCAGGACAGGGCCAGGCACUGCGCGCGGUUCCGGUGGGCAGGCAGACCGGCUUCUGCUCAAGGAUAAUGUAUAGAGCGUGUUUCUCAGGGUUGAUUUUUAAGUGUUGUAAAAAUAUUUGUGUAAGCAACUGUACACUUGUAAGUUUGCAACAACUUCCUUGAGUACUUGGGCAAUUGCAGGAGGUGAUUUACAAAGAGACGCGGAGGCACUUAACUUAGUUAUAAACAAACUCCAGAGCUGGCCUUUGGCUCCCACCACCCCUCUGUGGCACAGAGACUUCCCUUCUCAUCAUUUUUGGAACAGCUUCCGCCCGGUCCCUGCAGCUUGUACGCUCACAUUCACUUUGCACGUCUCCGGGGAACAGAAGCCCAGUCUGCAGCUCCGGCUGGUCCUGACAGACGGGCAGAGGACGCUGUGUUUCAGGUGGGCGUGUGACUCACGAGGGAGGGGACGGAGCCAACAGUCUGCUGCGGAUUUUGGAAGAGGCUCAGAGGUCUGAGCUCCAGUACCUGAGCAGCUUUUUGUCUGUUUGGUGUCAGUGGCUCCGGCGUGCCUGCUGCCUCGGUGCCACGCCGCAGCGACCGGACCAUGGUGGCUGGGUGCCAGUCAUUAUCUGUGCUGGGCACGUGGUGCUCUCGUGGUGUUGGUCUCGGGGGGAGCUUGCUCUGCUUUGCUGCCGAAGCACGGUUUGUUACGGUACCCAGACUUGCUUGGUGUUACUGCCAGCCUCUCCGCAGUGCCCGAGGCUCACGGUGCAGACCAGCUCUUCCUGAAGGAAAGAGCAACUCGAGGGAAAGGAAAAUUUCCCAUCAGGAGGAUGAAGAGGGAGGUCCUUCCUAAGGCACAAAUCACUCCGAGUGGCCAGAUCCCAGGCUCCAGCUUUUGCAGUCUGGGUGGAGCGGGAGCAGUCGCGCUGGGUGAGGAGGAAGCUCUCUGUGCCCAGGCACCAGGACCAACACCCUCCAUCAGGCCAGUGGUGAAGCUUUGCUCCAGCAGCAGAGCACAGGACGGUUUCUGUCCCUGAAUCAAUACAGCGACUCUUGUCCCAUUUGCAGGGCUAAAGCUUUUCCUCCAAAGGUGUGGGUUCCUGGUGGGAUUCGGCAGGUUGUUCCUGAGCAUUUCCAAAGAAAAUUGGAGCAGAUGUAUGAGUUCUUGAACACAGCCAAAACUCUGGCAUGUUGAUUUAAAAACCCGUGGCUGUGUAAGAUUCAAGCCUGAAGAGGGAAGAGGACGUUGUCCGGGGAUUGGCGAGGGGUGCUCAGGGUCAGGACUCCCGUGCUCUGUUUUGAAUGCCGCCAGGCACUUCGCUUUUGCAUAAAUUUAUCUUGCAG